AUGUGGAUCUUGGAGUAUCCGCGUAACGAUAAGAUAAUAAAGAAAUGGUUGCACCCAAACAAUUCGUAUCAAAUUGGUAGAAUCAAUGACCCCAGCGAGCAUGAAGUUCACCUUAACGAAUUAUAUAUAUCAAAAAGGCAUUUAAUAAUAUCAAUCGGGUCGAUAUCGUUGCAGGAUGUCACUAACGCUGGUUUGCAUACACCCUUAAAGAUCACCUUCCAAAGUAAGGCAAGAACCCUGGUGAAUGGAGAAGUCUUUCAAUUGAACAAAACAGAUCCUCAGCCGAUUGAAGUUGCUCACUUUACGCAAGAGAGUGAAUUGAACUUCAAAUUUAAAUCGGGUACACCUCUUAGAAUGAAGUUGUCGUGGGUCCCAUUUAACAUUGGGAGGUUGAGGGCCAAUAUGAAAGAGGAUGAAACGGUCCAGAAAGAUAUACUUAAAGAUUCCUUGCUUCAAUUGUUCAAUAGUAAUGUCGAUAUAAGAAUAAUUCAAGAUUUCCUGCUAGUCACCCAUGUUAUAACCCCUUCAGAUGAAAAAUUCUGGUUUGGUUUGGGUAUAGCGUUGGCCAGGGGGGUCCCAAUUGUAGGUAUGGAUUGGCCGAAAUACGUGUUGAGCAACAUCAAAUAUUUCGAGAAAUGGCUCUAUAGCUCGGCGAUAAUAAGUGCUCUGUUGUUGCCGACUACGUCAAGAAACGAUAUUAAGUAUUUCGUACCCAACUCAAAGAGAAGUUCACUAUUGCUGGGUGUAAUUGUGUAUUCAAUUUCAGUAGGAGAUAAAAGUGAUUACUUUAAAUUACUUAGUAAAUGGAUUACAGCUUUGAGUGGUGAAGUAAUUGACGUAUCUAACUUGAGAGAUACAACACAGAUUUUGGCUGAAAUCAAUAACACUAAAGGUGCCUCAAAAAUAUUUAUUAUGGAGUCAAAUAAACCAACAUUGGAAGAAAGCACUUUGAGUAAUCACAUUUGUCAAGAAUUGCAAACCUUCGUGCCUAUCAACCCAAGUCUUUUAUAUGAUAGCGUUGUGAACGUCAACAUUGAUAAUUUAAAAAUAAAGAGAGCAGCUCGAGCUUCAGAAUUAGAGUUGCCUAAUGAAGUGUCUAUCAAGUCUGAAAGCAUCUCGCCACAGAAAAGAAGGUUAGGGAGCAGAAAGAGUAAAAAGGUUGAUAGGUUAGCAUUUUUUGAUUUCAGCUCUAUGCCAAUAAGUCAAUCUCAGGGCCAGUCUAGCUCUCAGGUUGAGCCUCCGAUUCCUGUUGAAGAAAGCAUUCAACCUUUGCCAGAGUCAGAAGUAACUGAACAACAUGUUGUGGAUAUGAAUAGUUCUCAAGCUCAAUCAUCAAGUGCAGAAGAUUCUAGCCCCAAAGGAAUUGAAAAGAAAAGGAGACUUGAAGAAGAGGAAGUCGAAAAUCUUCGAAAGAAGUCAAAAACUACGGAUAAUCAGGGCGAGGGUCUGCAAAUUACCAAAAAGCAUUCGCUAAUGGACGAUAUUGAGGUCUCUGAUAUUCAACAAGAAAAAAGACAGAAGGUCAUUGUCCCCAAAGUUACCCUAAAGGAUGCAAUAUUUCAAACAAAGUCUAAGGCUACAGAUGCUAUACGAAAGGAGCUUGGAAUCGGAUCACAGGAUGUACAUGAAGGUCUAACUAAUCUAGCUAUAGUAGAGCUGGUUGACAUACCGUUAAGAAGUCGAAAAGAACAGCAGCCGCAACAACAACAGCAACAGCCCGGUUCUAAUAUGGCAUGGCACGACAGAAAGGACUUCAAAAAGUUCAAGAAGAACAUUGCGCUAAAAUCAAGAGUCUCGAGAUCAUUUGUUGAAAUGGAACUUGUAGAUACUGACGCAAGGGCUCCUGGUUCGGCUCCUAGGAGAAAUGUAUCAAUCUCUCAAACUAUGGAAGAGUUGUUACGGCAAGAACAGCUAAACAAAAAGAAAGUCGUGAACUUGGCGAAAGAUUUUGAUGGAGCGAUGGAAGAUAUCAAUGGUUUUAACCCUGGAAAUGGUGAUGAUAAUGAUAAUGAUAGUUUUUCAUUCCGAAACGAUUCAACUAACCAGAGUUUAUUUGUUUCUGAAGAUUCCCAGACGAAUGAGGAAAAUUCCGGAAGAGUCAAUACAAACAACCGCAAAGUUGACUAUGAAAGUGACGACGAUAGUGAUGAUGAUCAGCCUAAAUUCGGGUUUAGUAAAAGAUAUUAG